AUGGCCACCAACGGCGACGAAGUCUCAACCACGGUCCCUGAUCCGAAACACGAAGAGCAGCGUGGUAUGGCACCGUCGAUGGCGGCUGCGACUGACCAGACCUCUGGCAAUCCCCCAGAUGCCGACAAACACGCCCAACUUACCGAGCUCAUCGCGCAGGCAGCGGCAGAAUAUGCAGUCAAGCACUACUCAGAAGCGGCAGAACUGUACUCGCAAGCCACCGAACUGCAAGCCGAACUCAAUGGAGAAAUGGCCAUCGAGAACGCGGACCUAUACUACUCCUACGGGAAAUGUCUGUUCUUCCUCGCCCAACAGUCCAGCUCCGUGCUGGGUGGAACAGCGGCGUCUGCGCAACUGUCCUCAAGCAAAGCACAGAAAUCGGGCAAGAAGAGGAAAGCCAACGGCGCAACGAAGGCGGAGGCAUCUACAACUAAUGGUGGUGGCGCUGGCGCGACCUCGAAAGCCGUGUCUGCGGCAUCCGAAACCACGGUACCAAACGUGGGUGAUGUCGUGCCCCAAGAGGACGUGAAGCAGCCUCCACAGACUGCCUCGGACAAGCCCUACUUCCAGAUCUCAGGUGACGCCGAAGGUUGGGACGAUUCAGAGGACGAUGAAGCGGACGAAGAUGAAGAGGCGGGGGAAGAAGACGAUGAUGAUGACUUCGCCACGUCGUAUGAAUUUUUGGAUUUAGCCCGCGUUCUGUAUCUCAAAAAGCUGGACCAGAGUCAGGAACACGCAAUGGAGGAUUCUGAGAAGGGCAAAUACGUGGCAUCUAUAGAUCUCACUCCCGAAGUCAAGGCGCUGAAAGCCCGUGUCGCGGAGAUCUACGAUCUGCAAGCGGAAGUCGAACUAGAGGGUGAGAAGUACUCGGAUGCAGCUACAAAUCUGAACGCGUGCCUUGCGUUGAGAGAAGAGCUCGAGCGCCCUGAGUCGAGCAUCCUGGCCGAAUGUCACUACAAGCUGAGUUUGGCGUUGGAGUUCAGUGCCAGCUCAGAAGAGCGCGACGCUGCAGGCCAUCCAACUGGCAAGCUCUCGGUCGACUGGAAGAUCCGCAACGAAGCCAUCGCCCAGCAAGAGAAGGCCAUCGAUGUCUGCAAAAUGCGCGUUGCAGCAGAGACGGCAGCAUUAGACAAACUCGAUGCCGGUCCUGCAAAGGACAAAGCUAUGGCGCAAAUCGAGGACGUCCAGGACAUGAUUGCUGAGAUGGAAGUGCGGCUGGAAGAGCUGCGCAAACCACCCGUCAGCGUCAAGGCCGAGUCUGAAAACCAGAUGAAGCAGCAGAUUCAGGGCGUCCUCGGCAGUCUACUGGGCAGUGGUGUGACCGAAGAGGAGAAAAAGGAAAAGCUGGCCCAGGUGACCGAGAAAGCGACUGACAUCUCGGGAAUGGUCAAGCGGAAGAAGCCGAAACCAACAGAGAGUAAUGGUGGUGAUAGUGGACAGGGCUCUGCUGCGUCGACACCUGCUGCUGCUGCUUCAGCGGUCGCCAGCGGAUCGAGCCUGGGCAAGCGAAAGGUAGAAUUCAUGGACGAUGCAGCACAUGCUGAAACCGGCAAGAAAGCCAAGGUGGAGGAUGUUGAGGAUUCAGGUGUUUGA